AUGGAGUUUCCUCACAGCAUAGCCCCCAAAUGCCAGUCUUCACUCCCGCCUCAAAUGAAGAAACAAAGACUACCUCCUGCCACCAAGUCACAGGAGAUGUCGAUAUCUCAGCACUUGCCUAAGGGAGAAAAAGAACAGCAAGAAACAAUUGAACAUAUUGAUGAAGUACAAAAUGAAAUAGACAGACUUAAUGAACAAGCCAGUGAGGAGAUUUUGAAAGUAGAACAGAAAUAUAACAAACUCCGCCAACCAUUUUUUCAGAAAAGGUCGGAAUUGAUCGCCAAAAUCCCCAAUUUUUGGGUAACAACAUUUGUCAACCAUCCACAAGUGUCUGCACUGCUUGGGGAGGAGGAUGAAGAGGUGCUGCAUUAUUUGACAAGAGUUGAAGUGACAGAAUUUGAAGAUAUUAAAUCAGGUUACAGAAUAGAUUUUUAUUUUGAUGAAAACCCUUACUUUGAAAAUAAAGUUCUCUCCAAAGAAUUUCAUCUGAAUGAGAGUGGUGAUCCAUCUUCAAAGUCCACCAAAAUCAAAUGGAAAUCUGGAAAGGAUUUGAUGAAACAUUCAAGUCAAACACAGAAUAAAGCCAGCAGGAAGAGACAACAUGAGGAACCAGAGAGCUUCUUCACCCGGUUUACUGACCAUUCUGAUGCAGGUGCAGAUGAGUUAGGAGAGGUCAUCAAAGAUGAUAUUUGGCCAAAUCCAUUAUAGUACUACUUGGUUCCUGAUAUGGAUGAUGAAGAAGGGGAAGGACAAGAAGAUGAUGAUGAUGAAGAAGAAGAAGGAUUGGAAGAUAUCGAAGAAGAAGGAGAUGAGGAUGAAGAUGAAGAUGAUGAUGAGGGGGAGGAAGAAGAGGAGGAUGAAGGAGAAGAUGCUAAUGGAACACUGAUGGAUUCCAACCUUCCUUUUUUAAUUUUCUUCAGUCCCUGGGAGGAAGUUGCAGUCCUUUUUUUUUUUUUCCUCCUCUUGUGCUCAUUUGCCCUGUUUUUUGAAGUCUUUUUUCUCUCCCUUUAUACCAUGGUUCUCAACUUAUUCUGGGGGGAAACACCUUGA